GCGCUCCCCCGCCGCCGGUUUACCGUGGCACCGCCACCGCCGCGCCGGCCCUCGCGUCACCGCCGCGGCUGUACAGGCCCUCGGACGCGGCGCAGCCCAGGGCAGGGGGGCCGGGCUGGCUGUACUUUCUCCGUUACAGCUGCGCCGCCCGAGGAGCGCUCCUGGAGGGGCAGGGGAGUCAGCGCAGCGCCCCCGGGAGCGAGCUGAUAUCUAGCCAUGGCCCAGGAUUUGAGGAGUCUGGUGGGCUCGGGGAGCGCCCGGGAGCUGCAGGAGAAACUGGAGAACUGGCAACGGGACUACGAGAUGAAUUCCUUUGGUGAAAAUCUGAACCGAUGCUGUGAAAUACUAGAAUUGAACACUGCAAUUCAAAAGCGGCUCUUCUCAAUUCUCAAUGAAACAUCUCGAGAAGAUACUCUUAAUGAAGGUGCAGACACAAUAAAAAACCGUCUCCUGCCAAGCCUAGCUUCAGGAGGUGAAAAGAGCCUCUCUAUCACUGAGGGUUCACUUGGGGGAGAGCUACAGCUGAGAGAUUCCGCCAGCAAUCAGAGUUGUCAACUGCAAGAGCUGGAGGACAAACUGUAUGCAACUCGUGUGCAGAUCAAGCAGAUGGAACAAGAUCUGAGGGCUUCCCGUGCUGAAGAGUGCAAAGCCUUGAGGCAGUUACAGCAACUGAAUGACUAUGAACAGGAGAUUCAAACACUACGGGAUGAGAUUUCUCUCCUGGAUGCCCAAAAGUCUCUUCUCCAGAGCAGGCUUGUGCGGAGCCGCUCUCCUUUCAGGUGCAGUGUGAGCAAGUCACGCAGCGCCGUUUCCGUGAGGACCUGGUCACCUGCUCGGGCCGGGCGGGUCAAUGCUUCGCAUCGCGCCUGCAUCAUAGCCCGCUUUGGCUUCAUUUAUGCUCAAGAACGCUUGGAUGCAGAGACUCUUUUAAGGGCAUUCAUCUGUGACAUGGAGACGGUGCAGAGGAUAAUAUACAUUGCAGCUGUGGAAUCUUUUCGUGCAGCAAAGAUGGCCUUCUGGAAGCUCAAAAUAAGUGUAAAAGAGACUUUGGCUCUAGAUCACGUGGGACCUGAGUCACUUGAAGUUGCUGCCCUGGAUUAUAUAGCUCGCCACAAGGAUCUCUAUGACGUUUGUCAGAGUGUCCAGGAAGUGGUUUGCUCCAUGAACGUGAACCCAAAGAUUCCAUAUCCACCAGAAGUUGAUUUCUUUGUGAUCCGCACUUUGAUUCGAGAGUUGUGCUGUUUGGCUUUUUCAAUGCAGACGCUCAUUCCUCCUCUUGAUAUUGCCCUUGGUGUUGAUGGAGAACUUUUCAAUAGGACCAUGUACUAUCGUAGUUGUGACUCAGAUUUCACAGCUCCCUUUGUGGCCUAUCACGUCUGGCCUGCUCUGAUGGAAAAUGGUGCUGUAAUUGUGAAGGGAGAGGUAGUCACUAAAAAAAUCGUUCUGUGUUCUCGCAGAAGAAGAAUUAGAAGCAGAAGCUGCAGCUGUGGCCGUCGUCUCCGGUCUGGUCAAGUGACUCGAAGCCGCAGUCUUUCAACAGUGAGGGUCAAAACGUCAAGGUACUAACUGAACAUGUUCCUGUGGUGCAAUGCAUCUGGAUUCAACAACUUUGCUGGUGCCUCUUCUCUUCAGAAAUACCUCAAAUCUCUCAAUAAUGUGAAUGGCAAUUGUGGCAUUCACUCAAAUGGAGUUUGUGUGCAGUGUGUUUUUUAGAAUUAUAGAAGGCUUAUUUAUAAUUUUAGAAACUAAACUCUUUUGAUUUAAAAAAAAAAGUGCACGCAGUACAGGAUCAUUUGGCAAAAUCUGCAAAGCUCUCACGAACCUAUGAUGUAAUCUUGCAGAUGGAGAUAGAAUUAUUGCAUCUAGAAUGUUUGCUUUCCACAGAUUCCAAAUGAUGCAGUUUAUCUUGAUAGGAUCUUUAAUAUAACGUAAAUGGUGAAUGUUGCAAAAUGUUGAGGUUAGCUGUUACUUGAAAACAAUGUAAUUAAUUCGUGCUUAUUUACAGUUUUAGAAAAUAGUGAUAAUCUCAGGAUGUGCCAGUCUCACACAGCAACCUUUUAAAUAUAUCCUCGUGAUAAACUGAAUUUUCUAACUACAAUGCAGAAGUUGCACAGAACAGUCAUAAACUGCCAAUACUCCAGCAAUCCCCAGGCCUUUAUUGACAUUUUUGUAUGAAUGCACUCGUGUGCUUUAGCAAGGCAGUAGUAGUCCUUGUUUAAAUACAUUGUUACUUAGAAAUUAUUAUAAUAAAAAUGUGUAGUUUGACACUAAAAGUA